UCUAUCUUUUCGUUUUUCUUGCCUAAAACCUCGAAUCGUUUUCUGAUAGUUGCUUUACGAUUGCAUCCAUUCAAAGUGAAGGUAGUUUUCUGAAGCUGAUGCUGAGUUGCAGUAUAGACUCCAGAGUCGCAGUUGAGAGUUGAAUUUAUGUUGUUUGUUCUAGUGCCUUCAAAGCUAGUGGGCAUUCAGAUUUCAAGAAGAUGGAAGGAAUCAGUUGUCCUCACUUGUUCAUUAACCAUUCUUCAAGAGGUUCAGAACCCGUGAAUGUAGAAAACAUGGCUGCUGAUCAAGAUGAUUGCAGUUCUCUCUUUAUCAACUAUGCUGCAAUAGCAUGGCAUGAGAUGAGAAGAGCUUGGAGAGGCGACCAGUCCGUUGCAUCAGAAAGAAAGCCCAGGGAGCCAAUUAUGAGCCAGAGUGCCUCAUACCAGGAUGUAGUCUCGCCUGGAGAACGUUUCAAUGAACCAGUUCCUUUAGCAAAGAUGGUGAAGUCUUUGGUUGAAAUUUGGGGAGAAGGUUAUUAGACCAGACAACAACCUCAAUCAUUCUUCAAUUGGUUUGAGCAAAAACUACAAGAGCAGCGGUUGCAAGAACGAAUCGCCCUUCGUUUUGCAAUAUUGGUGAUUUCAUAUUUUUGUUGUAAUUAUUGAGAAAUGUUCAAGAAAAUAGUUCAUUAUGGGGCCAAAUCUUUCGCCUAGGAAUUUUCAUGUGGAAAUGUAUUUUUGGUAUGAAAUUUCUUUAAGUCU